CAACUUCAAGUUUCAAGAGUCAGAAACGUUGGAUUUUAGAAACAAAAGUCAAGAACACACUUUUAUAAAUUUAAAAGUUAACCGCGUCGAUUUUCAUGUAUAAAUAAUAAAAAAAAACAGCAAAUAUGUCUAAUAGUGAGGUCUUGUACGUUAAAGGAAUGAAUGUGUCGGAAUCAGAAGAAGAGGAAGAAUACGUGUGGGAUGAUCGUAAGCUAAAUGACGCAUAUGAUAAAGCUAUAAGAAUAGCAAAUGCAGAAGUAGCCAAGCGAGUUGCAAUGUCCACAAACACACAGUCAAAUAAUGAUCCUACAAAGCAAAGUACCUCAAAAAAUAAAUCUGCAAAACCCACAACACAAAAACCUAGGUCAUCUAAAACAAUUUGGAAAGCGGGGAUGCCGUGCAGAGCUGUGUUUGAAGAAGAUGGUUUAGAAUAUGAAGCUUUAAUACUCUCCAUAGUUAAUGACAAAGAAUGUAUUGUCCAAUUUUUAGGUUACAACAAUUUACAAAAGGUCCUCGUAAGCACACUAAAUCCAUCGCUGGACAGACAAGCACAGACCCUGCAAGUAGAGAAGGCACUGUUGGAUAGAGCCGACGAUGGGUUUGAGAGCCAGUCACCAAAUGUUGACGAUAUGGAAUAUAGUGAUAGAGGAUCCAGGAGUCCAGGGGUUAUGAAUACAUUCAGCCAAAAUAGGAAGAAAUCAGCUAAAAAGAAGAACAAGCAAAAGCCUAUGAACAAAUUCGACUUGCCAGACAUUCCAAUGCCAAAUAUGUCUAUGCUGAAAAAUCUGGGGUCUAUGGACAUGCCCCUCCCACCGCCGCCCCCGCUACACCUCUCCCGCGGUGAUGUGGACUCUGAGGAACAAGCGGUGUCCUCCAUGCUGCUCAGCUGGUACAUGAGCGGGUAUUACACCGGCCUGUACCAGGGUAUGAAGCGGGCCAGGGAAAGCAGAGGUGAUAAAUGAUAGACAUUUUUAAAAAUUCACUUUUAUUAAGUGUCUUAACUAACAUUAAAAACCUGUUAAAUAAAUUAAUUAUGCCUCCAGAUUUGUGUUUUAUCACUAUGUACAAAUAUACAGUAUGGAUAC